AUGUCAGUCUCCCGGCAGGUACGACAACAAAGCCAAAGUCGCCAGGUCUCCUUUUCUUCAUAUUUGGUCUCACCAAAAGAGUUAAAUGAAGCCCUGAAGAAGAAUCCGCCUACGAAAAUCUCGACCUCUCCUCGUGUCGUUCCUCUUUGUGCAGCCUGGUUCAUGCCAAAUGAUCCCGAUGGCCGUAAAGGAAUUGACGUCUUUCUAAAACACCAUAUCCCUCAAGCUCGCUUCUUUGAUCUGGACGCUAUCAAAGAUGCUGAGUCUCCUUACCCGCAUAUGCUUCCUACCGCCGAGACGUUCGCUGAUGCAAUGAUUAAACUUGGCAUCCGGAGAGACGACGAGGUCGUGGUUUAUGAUACUGAAGAACUUGGUAUAUUUAGUGCGCCUCGAGUGGGAUGGACUUUUAGAGUGUUUGGCCAUCCUAAGGUCCACGUUCUGAAUAAUUACAAGUUGUGGGUUCGUGAUGGAUAUCCGACUGAGACCGGGCAGCCUCAACAUGUUGAAAAAACCAACUAUCCGGUGCCCAGUUACGACUCUAAGCUGGUGAUUCCCUUCCUGGAGCUAAAGGAGAUUGCCAAAGAGCACAGGAAAGAAGGUGCUAAAGAGGUAGAAAUCUUGGAUGCUCGAUCCUAUGGCCGCUGGGCAGGAACCGAUCCUGAACCGCGCCCGGGACUGUCUUCGGGACAUAUUCCUGGCUCCAAAAGCCUACCAUUUCACGAGUUACUGGAUCCUGAGACAAAGACUCUUCGCCCUGGGCCCGAAUUACAUAAGAUCUUUGAAGAUCGAGACGUCGAUGCCUCCAAGUCAAUUAUCAGCUCUUGUGGCACUGGCGUUACUGCCAGCAUUAUCGAAACUGCGUUAGGUGAAGCAGAAUAUGGGGACCCCAAUAUCCGAAGAGUAUAUGAUGGAAGUUGGACAGAGUGGGCACAGCGCGUCAAGCCGUCCGAUGGCCUGAUUAAGAAGGCAAACUAA